AUGGACGUCGAUGAGGACUUCGUUGAGGGCGUAACCGACGAAGACAACGACGGCUCGGCAUCAAAUUCAGAAGAAGACGCCGAAGGCGAGGAUGACGAAGAGAACGAGGACGAUGCACCGAACCCCGAAGAAACGUACGCCGAGAAGGAGAUUGAAGGAGAUUUCGAUGGAGCGGUGAACUCGGGUGGUGGUGGAACGGUGAACUUGGGUUGGCGGCGCAAUGGUAGACUGUCGGACACAGACCAGGGCGUCGGUAUGCAGAGCCUUGUAACGGCUGAUAAGCUUGUUCGAGAAGCGGAGAAUAGUAAAUUUAUUUCGGCAUAA